UCAGUAAUAAUGUGUAUAGGUAAAUGACUGGUAAAUGCAGGAUUGAGUUUGGGAAGUGGAUUGAGGGAAAGAAACUGGAGUCACGGCGGAACCCUAAACCUACCUUAAAAAUGUUUGGAGAUUAAAAAAGCUGCGGCGAACCGCUUGUGGAGUGUAAUCCUAGCACACAUGCUAGCAUCGCUAGCAUUUGAGUGACGACAGAAGGCGGCAGUUAGCUGGUUUUUGAUGAAUCCUAGGAGCAAUUUAGUAAAAAUAAAUCGUAAUCAUUGACUUUUUUCAUGCAGCAGCGAACCUCUUAGUGAUGGAUUUUAAUCACUCCAGCUGAGGAAAAGAACAGAAGAAGAACACGCCAGAGUUAAACCGGACACACUGUAUGACAGAGGAACACAAGUCAAAACAACAGGCUACGCCCAUGUUCAGGACUGUGCUGUGAAUCAGUUAUGUCAGAACGCUGUACCACCCUAUGGCCUAUGGAUGACCUGAGAGGCGCAGACCUUCUGGGCUCUGGCUGUGUAACCUGAGCCAGGGGCCAAAUAUAGCCCUACACGAUGAGCAGUUUGGGACCGAGACAGAUGGGACAGCAGGCCACUGCAGAGGCAGUACGCAAUUGGACCCUGAACCUGAGAGAUCCUGCUGACUGUCUGACCAAUAAGGCUGCUCUUCUGGAAAGAGAAGCUUCUUUUAGGCUCUUUUUUGAAUAAACGAGACAAACCUGGAACCACUAAACCAGGAGGACAGAUAGCACACUUUAAGGAUGCAGGACGGGAGUUGGAACCAGCCACUCCCCAUCUCUCUGCUGCUGAAGGACCCAGCAGGAGGCGGGACUUUAGAAGGUGAUGGCGGGGUGUUUUCCGAGGCUUCUUCUGAUGGGGAACUGUACCUGGACUCAAUGACAGAGCUGGAUUCUGGAGAUGCGGACUUUGCGGAUCUUACUGCCUUCUUGAAUGCAGAUGAGAUCAACCUUAGCCUGGACCUGGCCCGGGAGGCCUUUGGAGAACCAUUUGAAUGUGAAGAUCCGGCCCUAUUGCAUCCUACACCCCAGGAGCAGGCUCUCCAACAUGUACCCUCUCUUCCUGUACCCCCCCAGACUUCGCAAAACCUCAGUAAAAGCCCAAACCUGCAGCACCAGACCAAAGCUCCCUGCUCAGAUGAAAAUGCACCAGUUGAUGUUUCUUCAAGCCAGCGCGCCCCCCUCAACAAACCCCUACAAAUGUCUAGUGAAGCACCUUCCUCUGCUGAGAAGGUUGUCUGCCACAAACCAGUCCAUCCAGUCUAUAAACAAGACAAACCCAGGCUCCUUCAUGAAGGCCUGGAGUUGGCGGAUCGGGCAGGGUCGGCCACAGAGUUCUGCAGCCGAGCAGCAACAUUCAUUGAGGAGCUGUCGUCUAUCUUCAAAGGUGCUGCACAGAUGGAGCCCCCUGUAGAGGAGGACUCCUCCUCUCCGGAUAGUGGCUAUCUGACUCCACGGGGCCAGCGACCAGUCCCACAAGGCUCGGUCUCUGCUCCCCCUGUGCCUCCCAGCCAACCAGAGGAGACACCGCACAGCCAUCCAGCUUUAAACCCAGAGCCUCAGCCUGUAGGUUUGACAGCGGCCACAACUUCUGCAGUGUACCAAAACUCUGGUGCCCUGACCAGAGAUGGGCCGCUGUCUCCUCCUAUUUUCCUUCAGAAGCUGAAGAGUCAGGAGGUGGCUGAAGGAAGCCCCAUCCGUCUGGAGUGCAGAGUCAGAGGAAACCCCCAGCCACUUGUCAGGUGGUUCUGUGAAGGCCGAGAGCUGCACACCUCUCCUGACAUACAGAUCUGGAGGGAUGGUGACUUGCACACGCUGGUGAUUGCUGAAGCCUUUGAGGACGACACCGGACGAUACACCUGCGUGGCUUCCAACAGUCUGGGAGCAGAUAACACCUCCGCUGAGGUUUACAUUGAAGGAGCUUCCUCAUCAGACUCAGACGGAGAAGGAGCUGCUUCAAAGUCCAAAUCAGGAAACAUGCCUCAAGUUCAGAAGAAGACAACUUCAGUGUCCCUGACGAUACGCUCGUCAUCACCCAAAACCCCAGAGGUCCUUCCACACCGCUCCACCUUAGUCCAGUCGCUGUCUCAGCCACAGCGGAUGCAGAGCCCAGUGUCACUGUCACUGUAUGGUAAUGAGGUGUCAGGUCCUCCUGUAUUCACUAAGCUGUUGCAGGAUGCCCAGGCAUCUGAGGGCCAGGUGGUGGUUCUGGAGUGCAGGGUCCGAGGAAGCCCUCCUCUCCAGGUCAGAUGGUACCGCCAGGGAGAGGAAAUCCUGGACUCUCCUGAUUUCAGGAUCCUCCAGAAAAAGCCUCGGUCUGCAGCUGAACCAGAGGAGAUCUGCACCCUGGUGAUAGCUGAGGCCUUCCCAGAGGAUGGAGGCCUGUUCUGCUGCACGGCCUCCAACCCGUAUGGCUCUUUGAAAAGCACAGCCCAUCUAACCGUUACUGCAGCAUCCGAGGACUCAUCCAGUAAUGGGAUGUCUGGAGAUAGCUCAGGAUUUGAAGAUGCAGCAGCCUUCCCCCCACCUCCCCCACCCACAGAAAUCAGCCUCCUGGAGCUGCCACCCAAGACUCUGCCUCCUAACGGGAAUGAGCCUUUCCAAAUCAAGGAGCUGGAGAUCUGGCCCAGUGUUUCAGCCCUGCCUCCUGUGCAGAUGAGCUCAGAGGUUGAGGAUAAAGGAAAGGGAUCCUUACAGAAUGGGCAACCCACAAAUCCACCAGCAACACCACCAAGCCCGCCUAAAGUUUCCACACCACCGCCUCCACCACCCCCACCACCCCCACCACAGCCUGAUCCAGUGACAGAUGUCCCAGUCCCAGUCCAAAGUCCAGCCAAGGUGGCACCAGACGCACCUCCAUCCCCAGGCAAGCUGUCUCCCUCUCCUGGGAAAGAAGGUCCCCCGCUGCCUACCAAGCCUAAACCAAAGCUAGCUGGGGGUAUAGAGGAGGAGACAGAAAAUUACAGGAACGCCUCCCAGCUGAAGCAGCUGCAGGACCAGAUUCUAUUGGAGCAGCAGGAAGCAGCCAUCUGGCAGCAACAGCAGCAGCAACAAGAGCAGCAGAACCAGGACGUCCCACCUCCACCUCAGCAGCCACCUCAAGAAGAGCUUCCACCUGCUCCCCCGUCUCCACCUCUCCCCCCUCCUCCCUCUUUCCAGGAGCUGGAGAGCAGCGCCACCAUGCAGGCCAGCACCUUCAACUACGCCCGGCCCAAGCAGUUCAUCGCUGCUCAGAGCCCCGGCAUCGGAUCGGGCUUCAUCACCCCGUCCUCUGGCUCCUCUGGGUCCAGCUUGUCCUCCCCCUUGUCUCCCCCUGCCUCACACAAGCCCUUCAGCAGGGUCACUGUGCCUCCCUUCACCAAGGCCAGCAGUGUGGAGUCCCCUAGCUCUCCUUCCUUCCCGCCACCGCCUCCACCCUUCCUCAGCAGUAACCUAUCCUCUCCAUCAGGCCCAGCCCAAGACUUCCCUCUCCCUCCUCCUCCUCCCCCUCUGCCUGUCUCCAUGUCUCCAGCUCACUCAGAUAUGUCCUCGCCCUUCUCCUCUGUCCCACCCUCUCCUGCCUCCAGCUUCCUCUCCUCAGUGCUGCCCUCCACACCCUCCACACCCCCCACACCUGGCAGCCCCAUAGUCAACGCUCUGGGCCUCCCCAAAGGCAACGGGACUGUCAAAGCUUUCCCUAAGAAGUCCUCAGUGACCAGGACGCCUCGCAUCGCGUCUGACUCUGACAUCCAGGGAUCCAAGGAUGCUGUCAUCCAGGACUUGGAGAGAAAGUUGCGCUUUAAGGAGGAGCGCAUGAGCAACGGUCAACAGAGGUUAACCUAUGAGGAGAAGAUGGCUCGCAGACUGCUGGGUGCUGACAACGCUGCCACAGUCUUAAACACACAGGACACAGAGGAGGAGCCAGUCACACAGGAACACAGGUCGUCUGAAAGACAGUCUUUCCCUCAAAAGGAAUACAAAGUUUCCAGCUUCGAGCAGCGACUGAUCAGUGAGAUUGAAUUCCGUCUGGAGCGUUCUCCAGUGGAGGAAUCAGACGACGAUGUUCAGCACGAUGAAGACUCUGCCACCCAUGGGGUGGUGCCAUCCUUUGACCAGAAGCUCAAACACUACAAAGUCUUUGAGGGAAUGCCAGUCACCUUCUCCUGCAAAGUUCAUGGAGACCCCAAACCAAAGGUGUACUGGUUUAAAGAUGGCAAGCAGAUCUCCAAGAGGAGUGAACACUACAGGAUCAGCCGUGACGCUGAUGGAACUUGCUCCCUGCACACCGCUGCAGCCUCGCUGGAUGAUGACGGCAACUACACAAUCAUGGCAGGCAACCCCGAGGGCAGAGUGAGCUGCACUGGCAGGAUGAUGGUCCAGGCUGUGAACCAGCGAGGCCGAAGCCAACGCUCCACACCUGGACAUAUGCGCAGACCCAGAUCCAGAUCCAGAGACAGUGGUGACGAGAACGAUAACAUCCAGGAGCGUCACUUCCGCCCUCACUUCCUGCAGGCGCCAGGUGACCUCAUCGUCCAGGAGGGCCGACUGUGCAGGAUGGACUGCAAGGUGAGCGGCCUUCCUACCCCUGAUCUCAUCUGGCAGCUGAAUGGACAGACCAUCCGCCCAGACUCUGCCCACAAGAUGCUGGUGAGGGAGAACGGUGUGCACUCACUGGUCAUCGAGCCUGUGACAAGCCGUGAUGCAGGCAUUUACACCUGCAUUGCAAGCAACAGAGCUGGGCAGAACUCCUUCAACCUGGAGCUCAUUGUAGCAGCCAAAGAGAUGCACAAAGCCCCUUCGUUUGUGGAGAAGCUGCAGAACACAAGUGUGGCCGAGGGUCAUCCUGUUCGACUGGAGUGCCGGGUUGCAGGCGUCCCCUACCCACAGAUCUUCUGGAAGAAGGAGAAUGAGUCUUUCACUCACAACACAGACAGAAUCAGCAUGCACCAGGACAACUGUGGCUACCUGUGUAUGAUCAUUCAGCCUGCUAUGAAAGAAGACGCUGGCUGGUACACCGUGUCAGCCAAGAAUGACGCAGGCAUUGUGUCGAGCACUGCACGUCUUGAUGUUCACACUCAGUGGCAGCAGCCCAACCUUCCAAAGCCCAAGAAGGUGCGUCCCUCCACCAGCCGCUACGCCGCACUGACAGAGAGAGGCCUGGAUGUGAAGGCCGCCUUCUUCCCAGACUCCAGCCCGCUGCCAGGCGGCCUGGUGGAAAGUGACGACCUGUAGAGACCACAUGAUGGCACAAAGAUUGCAACGUUAACCCACAAAGAAUGCCUGAAUGCUGCCCAAUCGCUCUGACUCUGUCCGACUGAAGGACUCAGAACUAAAGGGUGGGCGAAGUGAGCUGGUGCAGCCGUGGAUUUCAUAUGUUUUAUAGUCUGAAACAGCCCAGUGUAUUACAGAAUUCAUCCAAAUGUUCCCGCAAGCUUCAUUUAUCAACUGGACCUGCAGCGAUCGACAAGGAGAGACUGCUCAGAAACUCACAUGAGACUCUGUUUGCAAAGGAUUGUCUUUUUAAGUGCCUUUCAUGUCUGUAAAGAUUUAAACAGGUUUAGAAAUAAAACAAAGAUUUACUAUGCAUGUUUAAGUGGUGCCAUUUGAAAUACACAGAGUAAACCUGUAUCUAUAUGUAGAGCCUUGCUCAUCCGUCUUUAAAGGAAUGACUCAAAGCAUGGAGGCUUUGACGAAGGAGAACACAAACGUGUUACUAUGUGGGCUUGUGUAGCACAGUGUUGAUAUCUACAGUAUCUGAUUAGUUAUCAUUGAUUAGCUGACCGACAUUGGGAAAGGCCGGGCCUUAAAAUAACUUCUUUUUUCAAUGGAGGAAAAAGAGUUUGGAGAAAGAACGCUCAUAGAUGGAUGUGGAAUCAGGAAAGGUUAAAAGGGGUUUUGGUAUUUCUAAACUGGGCCUGAAUAACAUAUUUUAGGAUCUAAAUGACAAAUAGAUGCUGAUUUUUUUGAAUGCUCCAGUAGAUUUUCUCUGCCAGAGUGCUGAUGUGUUGUACUUUAUCUUCUGUUAGUAGAGGUAGGCACAGUUUCAAUCUGUGAACAAAUACAUUAUCUUGAAUAAUUAAUCCAUUGAUUCGAGUUAUCCUAUCGUUAAAACCUGUUUAGUGUCUGACGGGCCAUCUGUUGUGCUGCUGGGAAUGACUUCACACCCAAGUUGACCAUGUUCCAGUUGUUGGUAACUCAGAGUCCUGAAGCUCCUUUGAGUGUCCGAGUCAGAAUUUCGACUUCAGGAUGACAUAUCUGACUUGACCACUCUUCUGUGCUCUUGUAAUGAUAAUAUUCCAACAAAAACAGUUCUGCUGCAGCAGACUGAGUCCAAACUUAGUAAAAAUUAAAUCCUAGCAUCCAUAAAGAUCCACGGAUGGCUUCAAAUCUAAAUUUAGUAAAAACGUUUUUGAUAUAUAACCAGUCCUCACUCUAGAGGGUCUCUUUUAGUUUGUAACUCAGUGGUUUUAAACUUUUUUCACCCAAGGCACACCUGAGAUCAAGUUAAAAGCUUAAGGCACACCAUAUCUAUUACCAUGCAAAGUAGCCUCUUUAAUUCUUGUUGAGUUAGGAACACUCUUACCAUUUUAUUCCAAAAUGGAUAUACAGUUUUACUUUGCAGAGAAGGCUCUGCUCAAAAGAUACUCCCUGCUUUGAAUUUCCAGGGGGCGGAUGGCUAGAAACUCCCAUAUGGAUGGAUACAUUAAUGACAAUGUGUUUUGAAAACAAUGAAAUUAUUUUAGAAGCAAUUAAUCCAUAGUAGCAUGAAUCUGAGUAUGAGGGUACAACAAGCUUCAGGCUAUGAAGGAGGGGGCUGGGGUGGAGGAGGUGAAGCUUUGCCAGCAGCAGCAGAGUGGUGCAUCAGCAAUAAUGCAAGCAGGGAUUAGUGAGAGGUAUGUUAUAUUUAAAAACACUGCUGUGUCGAAAGAAAGAGCUCUGAUUGGCUGUGGAUUGGCAUUUGCGGGAUUAACGGACAACAGAUGUGUGCCCAGCUCUGGUGGUUAGCUUUUAAUGCACUUAACUCAGGGAUGCAGCAGCUCCUCUGUUCUUUCAGGUGAAAUUACUUCUUUUGUCAUUAAAGUUGGAUAGCUUUUAAGAGAGUGAUACCACGGCUGCUUUCUCUUAGUGCUAAUUUUAAAAAACUAUCACUUCAGGGAUCCUGUCUGUGAUGUUGUCACAGUCUUAGAAUAACAAUCUAAGCGUUUUUGUUGCAAAAUCAGACAUUUAAUGUGGAUUUUCUUUGAUUUGGUACCCCUAAGAGCAAUAGCUACUCAUUUGAGGGUUUUUUCUACAUUUUUUUGGUACUUUUUUCCCUUUAUGACACAGGACAGGUGAACAGAGACAGGAAAUAUGGAGAGAGAAAUUGGGGAAAGAUGUGCAGAAGAAUUAAGAUUUAUUCCUGCAGACAGUGUGUGGAGGACUAGCUCAACUGGUGCCCAACUGAAGCAGUUAAAUGACACAAGGCAUUCACUUGCAUUAGUAAUGCAGAUCCUAAAAUAAGCAAAAAAAAAAAAAAAAAAAAAGAGGCUCAGUUUUGUAAAUACCAGAAUGUUCCCCUUUGAACAGUUGGAUCAAGCAUACAGGGAGUGGCAGAGAAAAGUAGAUUUUUGUGACAGUUGACAUUUAGGUGGUGAAUAAACAUGAGAUCGAGGGAUGUAAGUGACUGGCAGUGGUGAGAAGAAAGUGACAGCUUGGAAAACUUUGGUGAUUUUGGGUAAUUUUUGCAAUUUUCUUUCUUUGGCGGUUUAUUUUCAAAGUUUGAAUUGAAAUAUUCUCACUGAGAGAGGGUGCUGUGAAAGGUUUCAGUGUUUUUGUCUCACAGACGUCACAGAUUGUCCAUUUUAUUUUUGUAUGAAAGAAAAAGACUCCCUGCAAUCAUGGCAUAACGGCGACCUUUUGUUCACUGAUGAAACAAUCUCUGUAUUAUAAAUAUAUUCACAGCCUUAAUCACUCUUAGGUUUAUGCAAACACAAUUUUCUUUGCAUGUUAUUUUUGGACACUUGUACAGUGCCAAACCGGAUGUAUAAAAACAACUUUACUCUCUCUUUAAGCUGGCGAAACAUUAAGAAUAAGGUAUAUUUAUAUCCAGUAUUUUCAUCACCUUUGUAAUACUCAACAAAGUGGACGUCUUUUCUGUCUCGCAUCAGCUGACAGCCUCUGUGUUUGCACAUUUCUAUGCCAAUCAAUGCCUGUAUAUGGAUUGUUCUCCUGAUAUUAUUUUAGGUUAUGAAAGUUAAUAAAAGUCUUCAGAGACA